UCAUGAUUCUGACUUUCAAGAAAUUAGUGCCCACAUUCAGAAGGCUCAGGGCAUGCUGACAUCUGUAGGUGAGCGAGUGAGAGAAGAAAGAGAUCAGUUGGAGCGAGAUUUCCCCAAACUGCAGAAAUUUCAAGGAAAACCGAUCAAACUGGAUAUCGGAGGUUUCAUAUUCAAAACAUCACUGGAGACAUUGAGAAAAGAUACAGAUUCCAUGCUAGCCAGCAUGUUCAGUGGAAGGUUUGUUAUGAAAGAACAAGAGGACGGGUCUUACUUUAUAGAUCGAGAUCCAACUCAUUUUCGCUUUAUUCUCAACUUUCUCAGAACAGGAAAGGUCAUCAUCCCUCAUGAUACAAUCGCUAGAGACGAGCUGCUGUUGGAGGCGGAGUUUUAUAACAUCAAACCAAUCAUAGACAAACUCAAUGAUCCAAUGGAUUCACAAUCAGCAGUACAGCCAGUCGCAAGUGAGUUUACUAGCAGCACUCUGAUGAACACAGAAGAUAAACGUGUUCUUCUGUCUUGGUUGAGCGUGAAAAUGAAUUGGCGUCUCAUCUACAAGGCAAGCAGGGAUGGUUUUCGAGCUGCUGAUUUUCAUCGUUGCUGUGACAACAAAGGAGAGACAAUCAGUGUGAUACACACUACUGGAGGAUAUUUGUUUGGAGGAUAUACUGAUGUGCCAUGGACAAGUGGAGGUACAUGGAAGUCAAGUUCACAAUCUUUUCUGUUUGCUUUCAGAUCUUCAGCUUUGGGAAACACUCCAGUAAAGGCUACAGUAGUCAACAGUGACAAUGCAGUUUCUCAUAGGUCUGGCUACUGUUGUACAUUUGGAGGAGGUCAUAAUAUUUACAUUGCUGAUUCCAGUAAUACCAACUCCACCAGCUACAGCAAUUGGUCCGAUGGUAGCUAUUACAGUUACCCACCAGAUCUCUCUUGUAAUGGCCAUUGGCUUGUUGGACAACGAAACUUUCAGACACGAGAUGUUGAAGUGUUUGGACAUUAAACGUGACAUCUAGCAUGAGUAAUAUAUACAAAGUUUGUUUUACCCAACAGGUGUGCAUUGUUGUUGCUUGUGAUAUAUUUGUUUAUGUUGUUGUUGUUGUUGUUUACAUAUCCUUUGCAGUGUAAUAACUAGUGGCUGACUUGGUAUAUAUCACAACCAAUAUAGAAUAUUAUUAGC